AUGGGCUGUGGCGUAUCCAGGUUCAAUAGGGAAGACGGCCUCCCCGCCGACUCCGGCCCCACCUACCUCUACGUCAACCCCCUCCACCGCCGUAUCGAGGACUUCGCCUUCCGUCGCCGGGGCGACCGGGCAGCAGAGGCCGCCAGUUCCUCCCUGGGAACUCCCUCCAGCAAGCAGCUCCUCUACGUUGACCCCGACGAUGCGGACUCCUCCUCUCUCAGCAGCGACCACAAAUUAGAUAGCGGAGGCGGGGGCGGCCACAACAGUGUCUCAUCCCCAUGCACCCUCAAGAACGAUGCCGUCGCCCUCCCGCCGACGCCGCGCAUGAACAAGCCGCCGGUGCAGGUGAUGAAGGCCAACGAAUGCAGCGAAGACAGCAAAGGGGUGAUUAAGGUGGUGAGAGAGGUCGAGGAAGGCGGCAAGGCCUGCGAGGAGGCGGAUGAGGUGGUGAAGGAAGUGGUGGCUGAAAAGGAGAGAGGAAGCGGAGCCGACCGUCAAGAAGAAGACGAAGACAACGAGGUCGGAGGGAUAUCUGACAGGGAAGACAGCAUACUGCUGUACCCAGGGUCGCCGAGCUUUAGGGACUACUGCGUCUUGUGCUUCGACGAGUCCGGGGAUGCUCAGGAUAGCCCCAAGUACGUCGACGGGAAAAGCAGCGAUUCGGUAAAGCCGAUGAACGAAACGGAAAAGGCGAACGUGUCAACUUCGGAUUCCAUCGAGGUGCCAAAGAAGUCGAGGAAAAGAAGACGAUUCAGGGUACCCAGACACGGUCCGGCAGGGGGGAUGAGAAGCCUCUUGCACGUCUCUUCUUGUAGCCCUCGUAGGUCAUUUAACAAAACCACGUGAUUUUCCCGCGGGGA